AUGAAGAUUAAACCCGCUAGCAGAACUAGUACUAUGGGUCUGCGCGGCAGAAACCUGCGAUUGGCCAUCACCAUCACUGCGGUGACUGGUUUCUCGCUUUUCGGUUACGACCAGGGUCUUAUGUCCGGUCUUAUCACCGGUAAACAGUUCAACGACGAAUUCCCCGCCACCAAGUCUCAAGGCGAUAACGACCGUAAGGCCGAAGUCGUGCAAGGUGCCGUGACAUCGUGCUACGAAAUCGGGUGUUUCUUUGGGUCUCUUUUCGUCAUGUUCAUGGGUGAGCGUAUCGGCCGUAAGCCGCUCGUCAUCCUCGGCGCUUUCGCCACCAUCAUCGGUACCGUCAUCUCCACAUCCGCAUUCGGCCCACAAUGGGGUCUCGGCCAAUUUGUCAUCGGCAGAGUGUGCACUGGUGUAGGUACGGGUCUAAACACUUCCACCAUUCCUGUGUGGCAAUCGGAAAUGUCCAAACCCGAAAACCGUGGUAUUCUUGUCAAUCUCGAAGGUUCCGUCAUCGCACUUGGUACCAUGAUUGCAUACUGGAUUGACUUUGGUCUUUCUUACGUGGAUUCCUCAGUGCAAUGGCGUUUCCCCGUCGCCAUGCAAAUUUUCUUUGCGCUUUUGUUGCUAGGUGGUAUUUGGGAAUUGCCAGACUCUCCACGUUGGUUGAUGUCCCGUGGUAGAAACCAGGAAGCCAUUGAGAUUUUGGCCGCUUUGGACGAUCUUCCAACUACCGACGAUUCCAUUGUGGCAGAAGCUUCUCUCAUUCAAGAUGCUGUCAACCGUUUCCGCCACGAAAAGAGAUCCAUCAAAGACUUGUUUACCGGUGGUAACUCCCAAAACUUGCAGCGUGCUUUGAUUGCUGCUUCAACUCAAUUUUUCCAGCAAUUCACCGGUUGUAACGCUGCCAUUUACUACAGUACCGUUCUUUUCGAAAAGUCCAUCGGUCUAAAGGGCAAACUUCCUUUGAUUUUGGGUGGUGUAUUCUCCACCAUUUACACACUUUCCACAAUCCCCUCUUUCUUCCUUGUGGAAUCCUUGGGUAGACGGAAACUGUUUUUGCUAGGUGUUACUGGUCAAGCUAUUUCUUUCACUAUCACUUUCGGUUGUCUGACGAAGAAAGACAAUGAGGUCGCUAAGGGUGCCGCUGUUGGUUUAUUCUUGUUCAUCUGCUUCUUUGGUAUGUCUAUGUUGUCGCUACCUUGGAUUUACCCACCUGAAAUUGCCUCCAUGCGUGUCCGUUCUGCCACCAACGCUUUCUCCACAUGUACCAACUGGUUGUGUAACUUUGCCGUGGUCAUGUUCACUCCAAUUUUCAUCAGCGACGCUGGCUACGGAUGUUACUUGUUCUUUGCUGUCAUCAACUACCUGUACAUUCCUAUCAUUUUCUUCUUCUACCCAGAAACUGCUGGUAGAUCUUUGGAAGAAAUCGAUAUUAUCUUCGCUAAGGCUCACAUCGACGGUACUCAACCAUGGAGAGUCGCUGCCAACCUGCCAAAACUUUCUUUGGCCGAAAUCGAUGACCAGGCCAACGCUCUUGGUCUAUACGAUGACGACUUGGAAAAGCAAGACCUGGAAGCAGAUGCCGAUGCUGAAGGUGAAGACGGAUUGAGGAACCGCAACGAAGGCGGUGUUGCCGGUUACAAUCUAUUCGAAAAGAAGGAGAACGACCAGGACCCAAGCCAUGAUGCCAGCCCCGCUCUCAGAGGCCCAGCUGAUGGUUCUUCCAGCUCUCAGAAAUCCGAGUAA